AUGCUACAAGUGGAUUUAGAAACUCUUGUUUCAGCCUGUGCCGGCGGUUCUACUGAUCGGAAAAUCGCCUGCGAGUCACAAGCUGAAAAAACGGAUCCACCGGAGCAUCAUCCCGAUUCUCCGCCGGAGUCAUUUUGUCUCUCCAAAGAUGAAGAAACCGAGUGGUUGGAUCGUAACUUCGUCUACGAACGGAAAGAAUCCACCAAAGGAAAUUCAAAUUCAGGAAACUUGAACCUUAACUCCAGCUCCAACUCCAAUACUAACUCUCAGCGUUUUGCAAAUCUCAAAUCUAAAACAUCGAUGAUUGGCUUGCCUAAGCCUCAGAAACCUUCCUUCGUUGACGCUAAGAAUCGUCGCAACCAUAAGCCUAGCAACAUUAAAUUGUUCCCGAAGCGGACCGCCUCCGUCGGGAAAUCAUUCGCCGAACCUUCGUCACCGAAAGUGUCCUGCAUGGGAAGAGUCAGAUCUAAACGCGGAAGAACAUCAUCCGCGGCGGCGGCCGCCGCUGCUGUUAAAGAAAGAUCUCCGAGAACCGAGAGAAAACGCAGUUUCUUCGGAAGUUUACGGUCUAUUUUCCGCUCCGGUGGAAGAAAUAAACCGGACCGGAGAACUGAUCCUCCGGCUUUUGAUUCAUCUGUGACGAACACGAACAGCGUUGGUAUUUCAAAAGCGCGUGACAGCACGGCGAGCUUAAACGACACGUCUUUUGUGGAGUCUGUAUCCAGAAAUAGCGUCUCGGAGAGUGAACCGCCCAGUUUGGGUGGGAUGAACCGGUUCAAGUCUGGAAGGCGGUCUGACUCGUGGGGAGGAGAUGAUUCUGAAAUCCACGUGUCGCGAUGA